CCUUCCUCGGGACGCCGUACUCAGGAGUCUAGCUUAAGGUACCAUCAAGCAUACGCCCGCGUACGCGAGCCUGUCUUCGACUGUAGGCCUCAAUCUGGAGACAUCGACCUGCACAUUCCUAUCCCUCCGUAUUUCUUCGCCAACGCAGGCCACACAAGCCUGGCUGACGAAGAAACACCCAAGCGUGAAGCACCGGGUUAGUCAGGGGAACUGCGCGUUGGCCCUUCUAGAUGUUCUACGUCUUUUUCACUCAGGAUAUUUACCGAAAAUACGCACUUCCAGCUAGACGCCAUGCCAUGAUUGCGGCCAGUCAACUCCAGUCUCUUCUUCGUCUGAGUCCGCUGCCAUAUUUGUCACCGUUCACAUUUCUCCCAGUUGAUUUCGUCACUCCUACUCUACAUAUUUACUUUUUUUUCUUCAGUUGCAAUGUUGAGUUACUUUAUGAGGCAUCCUCCUACGGACAGACUCAGGUUUUCAUCAAUUCUCCGUUUGGGGUUCUUUCCGGUUUGCCUCAUUUCUACUGACACGCCUCACUACGCUGUUAUUUUUCGUUCUGUUGUCUUCCCUGAAACGCGCUUCUCACUGGGGCAUUGUCGCAUUGCACGAGGUUUGAUGUUACCUUUCUAAGAGUACACAGAGUGUCGUUCACUUGGUUUUCCUGCUGCCUUCCAGAUAGGAAUAAAUUAAUGCACAGAUGGUAACGAGCUCGACUGACACAUUGAUCAUUGCGAGUGAAGCUGUUUUUUCAACUUCCUUGCGUAUCCCAGAUCGAAACACGUUUUGCGCACUGAGGGAACCUUCUUGCCCUCCCGUUUCUCGUGCAAAGUAUCUCCCACGCCUCCCGUUACCAUGUCAACAGAUUAUCCUCGGAUAACAACCAAUUUUCUCCGUGUUACCCGCUGAAGUUCGCUCCUGCUUUUGAUGAUCGGUGACCUGCUCUCCAGAUGAUCCGGGCGCGUACAGUCUUGUGGCAGCUGGUCAUCGAAGUCGCUUCCCAAGCUUUGUUUCCUUUGGGGCACUCCCGUCGUACUGACUAGAAUCAGGCUUUGGGGUUUUGUUGUCGUAGUCAAUUUUUGUCGGACUGCAGUCUGAUGCGGUUCUCUGCUCUCCGUAGGACACUUGCUAGUCGAGUUCUUUCUUUCCUUUGAGUUCGUCUCCCACUGACAGGGGCUGACGUCGGUUUAUUACUGGAACGUCUACAGGGGCUUCUCUCUGCGAUGACCGUUUUUCCACUGCUUCCACCCAAAACCGGAAAGAUGUCGCUUCGGUCAGCCCUUCCCACGUUUUCAUUUACCCCGAGGGUUCUCCUCUGGCAGCACCGUGUUUUUCCGCGACCUUCUAUUUCCCAGUCCAGCUCACGGAUUUCUGCUGGCCUCUAUGGUGCAUCUUGCAUGCCAACCGGGUCCGUUUCACUCUCAACUCCUGUCACAGUCUCGAGCGAAAUGCCGCGUUUGCAGCUCCAGAAGAAUCCAUUCCGAGAGGUUCCUCAAGCUGGGAAUGAACUCGGGUUUUUAUCACAACCGCGUUCUCCAUUAAACGGUGUCGCCUUCGAGAAAGUUCUAGCACUGUUUGCAGGAACACUCGAAUCAAGAAUCGCCCCCAGUAGAAAUCCCCCUUUCCUCGUGGACAAGAAAACGUUCACGUCAACGAGGAAACAGUCGUCUGAGGCAAAUCAGCCAGGGAACCAGACCGCCGCAACUAGACAGCCUACCGGCAGAAGUGAAAACCGACAGGAAAAUCGAAUGCAAGAAAACAAUUUGCGUUCCGCUGAGCAAAGCACAAUUUCGUCGCCCGAGCCAGGAAAUCCCAACUUCAGCCGUGGUGCCCUGGCGGCCGGAAAGAGAAGAAGAGAAAGGACCUCGGCCCUCCGAGUUUGCGAAAAUUUCCUCGAUGCCGUGGGCAUGACGCCUCUGAUCUAUUUGAGACGUGCAAGUCAAGAGACGCAUUGCGACAUUUUCGCCAAAUGUGAAUUUAACAACCCAGGAGGCUCUGUCAAAGACAGGCCGGCCAAAUACAUCCUUGAACAGGCUGAGAAAGAAGGACGCCUGGGUGGAUCACAAAACUGGAUUGUCGAAGGCUCUGCAGGCAACACGGCGAUCGGCCUCGCACUCGCCUCCAAGCCCCGAGGUUAUCGCGUCGUCUGUGUCAUUCCAGACACACAGACGCAAGACAAAAAGGAUAUGCUCAAAGUGUGCGGCGCCUUGGUUGUGGAGGUUCCUUUCCAUAAGGUUUGGCACCCUGACCACUUUGUCGCUUUUUCGGGACGGCUUGCUUCAGUCAUGAAUGCAUGCUGGGGGAACCAGUUCGACAAUCUGGCCAACCAGCUUUCCCACUACGAGACAACCGGCCCGGAAAUCUGGGAUCAGAUGGACGGCCGCAUCGACGGUUUUGUGUCUGCCGCGGGGACAGGCGGAACUGUGUCUGGGGUUUCUCGCUACCUCCGUUCUCAGCAUCCUGAAAUUCAGAUCGCUCUUGCCGACAUCCCCGGAUCUGCCCUUUAUCGCUAUUUCACAGAGGGCGUGCUCCGAGCAGAAGGUGCCUCUGUGGUGGAAAAUAUCGGUCAGGGACGAAUCACCGGUCAGCUCCAAGACUUUCGUCCGGAUGUUGCAUUCGAAAUUUCCGAUGUUGAAUCGCUGACUUGGACACACUCUCUCCUUGAGGAUGAGGGCCUAGCUGUCGGCAUGAGUAGCGGAGUAAAUGUGGCAGCCGCAGUUCGACUCGCUAAGCGCCUGGGCCCCGGGCACCGCAUCUGCACAAUUUUGUGCGACUCUGGUACGCGAUAUGCAAAGAAGCAGUGGAACAUUUCUUUCUUGAGAGAGGAAGGACUGCCUUAUCCUCGUCUGCUCGCGGAUCAGAAACGCGAGAUGAGUGCCAUCAUGGAGGCGAUACAUGUGGCAUAUGCGCCUCAGCACGUUGUGGAAAGAAUCGAGAAAGAACACGAAAACGACAUCUCCGCUCCUGGAAGCAAGCUGUAAGCUCUCUGUAUCUACACGCGGACCCCCACAGCCACUGCGACACACCAAGAGACACACAUGCGCACCUGUUUCUUGACUAUUUACGCAAGCACAAACAUGUGGAAGACACAAACGACUUACUUUUUGCGGCAAUCGUGCGUGUCUGCCUUCCCCCGCGUGUGCCGAAACAUGAAAGGGGUCCUUGGCAUGCAUCCUUGCCUUCUCUCCGUUCUACCUCUAAAAAACAGUCUUCUUCGUUUCUCGACUCAUUCCGAUUCACCUGCCUGGCAACAUCUGCAUGCGUCCGUAUUGAGAGACAGCAAAUGCGCUGUUCGUGGAUAUAAACAGGUGUGUUAAACGGACAUAUCAACUUCAGCAAAGUGCAGGCAGGCGUCCAACGCGCGCCGCCC